AUAAACACAAAACUUGAAUCCAAAGUGUGUUUCGCUUUUCAAUGAAUGACUAGUUUUGCGGAAAAGUCUGUCAUUUGUGCGGAAAAGCCAUUCAUAAGACAUAAGACACGAGUGUUUUUGACCGCAUUUUGGGGUCAAAUGUUUGCCACAAAAGUAGCGCUCAUUUCCCAUUCAAUACACAGCACUAGAGUUAGCCCACUGUUGGCCACCAGACGACUGUCCACUCACACCACCAACACUAACACCAGUAAUACCGCGAAUAAUAGCCAGCCGUCCAAUGACCGGGAUCGUUUGCACAAUGUAUACCAGCAACUGUCAGCAUCGUUGCCCGGGUUCUUCGUGACUCAGCACUGUUUCCACAUAUACUCCCCGCACGUGGUCUUCGAGGACAACAUCAGACACGUGAAGACAAUAGGUCUGAACGCAUACAUCAAACAGAUUGCGUUCAUCAAGAUCUGGGCGCACCUCAAGUAUAGCAGCAAAUCGUUGAAUGUGCUCAAGAUUACGGAACACCCGGAGGACAUGACGGUGCGGGUCAGGUGGCGCAUAGUUGGCACACCCGGCUUAGGCGUCAUAUUCAUGUUCUGG